AGUGAUGGAAGCACCAUGUUUAUCAAUAAAAGGUGGUGAGGAGCCACCAAAACUUCUGCGUAAACCACUACCACCAAAAAUUCUACCUGCGCUCGAUGCAAAGAAACCAACAACUUUCAAGCAUAAAGGUAAGCUUACGCAUCAAACUAGUUAUACUUAUUAACAGCUUAUUAAUAUUCUGAUACUGCUGGAAUAGAAGUCCAAACUAUUAGUACACGUAUUCAGGAAAUAGACAGACAUGCUAGACCCACUCACAAAUAUAGUUUUAUAAAGAAAAUAAGGUGAAAUACUAAACUUGAACAUCAAUAACUUGAAAUCAGGGCUAAUUCGAAAAAAUAAAUAAAGAAGAAAACACAUUAAUAGAAAAGGAUUAUAUAAAACAAUACGUUUUAAGUCAGAUUGAAUGGAAAUGUGUUUAUGAUACAUUACUAAACUAUAUUUUUAUACACAGCCUGUUGAUUUGAUUUCAUGUUUUACAAAUGAGUAUAAAGUUUGUUUUUGAAGAAAGGUAACUUUUUCGUACACUCCAUUCCUUGAAAAAAAAUAAUGUUUCUGCCCUUUUAACCUUGGUGUUCAAAGCUUUUAUGUUAAGGACCCUAAUUAUGAACUUGGAAACCCAAUGGCAACCGUUUCCUCAAAUUGAAAUGUUAGCUCAAUGGCCUAUUCUUCAAGUGUAAUAUAAUUAAUAUUUAAAUAUAGUUUCCAAACCAUCUUAAAGGGACAAGCUAUGCUCCAAAACAACUUUAGCUUAAUGAAGUUGUUUUGGUGUAGAGAUCAUGUCCCCGUGGUUUCACUGCAUAACUCUGUACCAUUUAGGAGUUAAAUAACUUUGUUUAUGCAGCCCUAGACCCCCCCUCCCCCCCUUGGCUGAGACUCACAUAGUCUCCCUACACACUUACUGAAAAUGUCUCAAUUAUUUUAGCUUCCCUUGUUUUUUUUUCUCCAUUGUAAAUGAUUUUUUAUUUGGUACUCUUAAUAAUAGAUCUAAAUAUAUAUAUCUGUAAAUCUUUGUGUUUUAUUUUACAGAGUGUAUACCUAUUUUGCCAGCACCUACACCGUUUGGUAGCAGAACAAAUAGUGCAGAAGAACAUGUGCACUGGAACAAGUCUAGAGUCCAUCAAGAACACAGUUAUUCUCCCCUUUACCUGGCACAAGAUGAAGAGCAAAGGAGUAGUGGACCUGCAGACUUUCCAUCUAAGAAGUCUCACUGGAAGUCACUAAUUCGUGUUCACCCUCACUCUAAUGAUGAUCCUCGCUUCGAGCCUCCACCACCAGAAUUUACUUUAAAUGAUCUGAUUGCUAGAUCCUAUCACUAUUCUACAGAUCUAACGGACACUUUACACAAAACUACCUUGUCUCGCCAACACUACAGCAACAUAGAACUGUUCAUUGCCAGUCUGCAAAAUAGGAAGCAAAACAAGGUUCACAAUGUAGUGUUACCAGUAUCGAACUUACCAGAGAAGUCAAAAAGAAUUCCAUGGCAACAGCAAAUUCUUGGUAAAUUCCACAUUAAAGUUUAUUUUUGCAGCUAAAUUGUAGAGUAUGACAUUUAUAGCAACAAAAGAAACAACUGCAACUAUUAAUUCAUAAAUCCUAGAGAAGCACUUGCUAGGGGAGUAAUUACAUCAACUACAAUAUGUGUGCUUAUAGUUACUCUAACAGAGCAGGAGAACCAUCUAUAGGAAAGGUCUCCUUUUUACCCCUGUCAUUCAGUUGUUAGUCUAAAAACGUAUAUGCUGACAAUCUUUUCCUAAAAUCUAGACAUUUAAUAGCAUUUUCACUAGUGAAGUUUAUAAGGUAAAUAUUUUCUUUCAUUUAAAGUAACACACUAAGCACUAUAACCACUACAGCUCCUCCAGAUGCAGACGACCACAUUCACUGCAUCCAGUUUCCUCUUGCUAGACAAUCUAAGUUGCUCUAUAGAGCAAAGCAGGACCAUGCUCACUGGCUGAGAGCAUCCGCUAAGUGCUCUAAGCCUGUAUCAGUUGUGCUAUAUUGUAUAGCAACAUCUGGCUUCACCUGCAGGAUGAAAUCUGAUGCAGUGCAUGUACCCAGGGGGUCUCAGGUAAUUUGUCAAACCAUAGUAAAAUGAUUUGACUACUUACCAUGAGACAGCAUCACGGCACCAAGGGUACUAUAACCACUACAGCAGAUUGUAUAUUGUUCUUAUACUCCAUUGUACUUAUUACAUCUGAGAUAAUACUAAUAAAAUUUUAGUUACAAAGAUAAGUAUAAAGUGUCUUGUACCAUGACAAGUGCAAUUUAAUUUAGCAUUUUAUCAGUUUAGAAUAUCUAUUCACAAAAUUCUGUCUCAUCAAUUUAAAGGUUAAAGUCUGAGAAAUGUCCAUCUUUUAUGAUUGCUUCUUUUAUAACAGAACGACAGCAAGAAAUGUUAAGAAUGGGAGGAACGAGAAGUCUGGAAUAUACAGGUAAUCAGCUGUCUCUGACACUAAUUGCAUUUAAUUACUAAACUAAGUAAUAAAGUAGUCUUACACAUUUAUUUAAGCAUGCAAAACUGACAAGGGAAUAGCCAAGUUGGCGAUUGUUUUCCAGUUUGGUUAUUUUGCAAUUCCGGUCGCCAUUUUCAGUAGUUUCCAGUUUUAGAAAUGAAUUAAGUAAACUGUAAAUUGAGAACCAAUGUUCUAAUAUUCUGAAUAACAUAGCCAAGCCAUUAAUAUAGAUCAGUCUGAUAAUUUUUCAAAUUUUGCAAAUUGAGAAAUUCCAUUUUCAAUUCACUUCUCGUCCGUGAUCGGUGAUUACUAUUCUUUGUACAAAAAGAUAUGUAAUUUCAAACAGUUUGAGGAUGUACUCUCUAGAUAUACACUUUGUCGUGUAUUGAUUCAGUCAUGAUUUUUCAUACAACACUUGGCUUGUGGACUUUACUGUUGCUAUUACUGUAAUGAAUAAAAAUUAAAAAAUUAAAAAAAUAAAUUCACUGACAAUUCCUAGUUUAAUGGAUGCCCCUGUGUAUGUUGCUUUGCAAGGAAAGAGCUAAAUGUCAUCAGAACGUAUCUAUCCUUUGCAUGUCUUUAAAUAUAAAAAUUGUAGAAAGGUUUGAUCACACCAUAUGGCCAUAGGAACACCACUAUGUCAAAGUACCCCAAUACAGGAGGUUUCUAAUAUUGGAUAUAAAUAUGGUUUCUACAUUAUUUACUUGUUUAACUGCUCAAUCUGUUUAACCGAUCUCUUCCAAUUGUAUUUAAUGAUCUAUUAAAAUGUGACACAGGGUUCGCACUAAUAACAAAGAUGAAGGAGGUGGGGUUGAGCGCUCUGUUCUUUAUAUUCUGAACUCCUACGUGUUAAUGCAUUUUAAUGCUUUAUAUCUGUUAUUACCUGAUAUUUCUACAGGAAAAGAAAAAGCAUCCCAUAAUAAUUCACAAACAAUGGAUUCGGAUUCAGAGCAUGAUAAUAAAGUGCUCAUCACACAUUGCAACCUUGCUAUACUGGAGUGCAUGGUACAUGGAGGACAUGCCUUGAGCUUAAAGGUAUUGUUUUAUUCCUCUUACUCAAAGCAUCACGCAAUAUAGGUUCAGCCACUGUAUGCAUGACAGAGAGAAGUAACCACAAGCACAAACUGAUUUGGUGGGAGAAGUAAUGCAUAGAACAAACAAACAUUUCAGGCAUUCUCGUGUACAUUUGCUUGGGAUUGCUGGCCAGCAAUUUAGUAAUUUGUCCCAGAAUUUCUCAUGCCAGCCAAUAGAUUUGUACCUGUUAUAAUAGAUUGCAAAUCUGUUUUUUGUUUUUUUUGUAGGCAUAUUUUAUAUCCAAACUCCCAGACCUGACUCCACUGUACGGCACGUUAUUGUACCUUAACUUGUCUUUCAAUGAACUGCGAUGUUUCCCUAGAGAGGUAAGUUACCAAUAAUUAAAUAGCUUUAGAAUUCCUAUGAUUCUACAUUUACUGUAUUGAUGGAAACCCUAGUCAGUUACGUGCCACUAGCUAUCUAAUUUCUGCUACUGAGAUCUCGUUAAUAAUUCAGCCUUUCAAUAAAUGGAUAUCGUAAUUAUCCUGAAUCAUAUUGUGUGUGUAUUGUACAGUUACAAUAUUUUCACUCUGUUUUAUACAGUUGGUUAGGAACCAAAACUAAGCUAGACUGUGUUUAUGUUUUGUUUAUGUAAAGUACUGUAUGUUAUUUUUUAGGCAGAUAUAUAAAGCUAUGUAAGGGGUGCUUGUUGAUGAGCUGUUUGAGACGGUUUUGCAGUAAAGCUCUUUAUAUUUUAACCUAUUAUUUUUUAAGCUGCCCUUAAAAUAAAGAGAGAACUAAAACCAUUACAAAGGUGAAGGACAUAUCAAGAGAAAUGUCACUUUUCACUUUCAGAUGGAGGUUUCAAAAAGCCGUUUCCUCCAUUCUCUGCAUGCCCACAUAAGAAAUGGGAGCGUAUGCAUACCAAUUUAUUGAUAUAUGUGCUUGCUCAUCUAAAUUAGAUAUGACUUGAAUUCUUUGUCUGCAUGUUGUGUGUCUGUGUGCCCAAUAACACAACAGCCUUCCGUGGGUAUUGUUAAUUAGGUAACUGUGUAUGCGCACAAGGCUUAGACACGCAUGAACGGUUGCAUUGUCACCUGCUGAUUGAGUGCAGAAAAGUACUGUAUUUUAGAGCUGGAUCCAGUGAUGUGAAAACUUAACUUUUCAAGCAUUCAUUUUAGAACAUGCUCUUUAGGCAUGUAAACUGAAUUUUAUUUGUUUCAAAUUAAUUACACACAACAGUAGAAAUUAGCUCGAUGGUGAAACAUAUUGCAACAAAGGUCUACAGUGAUUAGACUACUUACACUAAAUCUUAAAGAUCAUAUAUUAUGAGAAUAAGAAAUAAAUCCAAAGCUUCUGAAAUGGAAACAUACUCAUAACUCUAAUUAUUUCUUUGCUAUCCUUAUUGUUGUGUGAAUUAUAUUUAAAUUAAAAGGGUUACAAAGAUGUGUUUUCAGAAAGCUAGAAUUUUUUAGAGCAUUUACUAAUGUUUCACUACUAUGAGUAUGAAAAUAUGAAACAGGGUGUAUCUACAUCUCAAAGUAUUGUUUGUUUUUUUUCUAUGAGAAACAAAGGUCUAUAUUAGAACAUAAAAAGUGUGCACUAUUUGUUGACAUAGAUGGGCCGAAUGGUUCUUAUCUGCCGUCACAUUCCAUGUUUCUAUUUGUUAUCUCAUUCUUAGGUCUACAAUCUUGAAAAUUUGGAAGUGCUUAAGCUAAGAAAUAAUCCAAUACAAGAGAUCCCUUCCGGCAUUCAGAACCUGAAAAAACUCAGAACCUUCAUAAUAUCAUUUUGUUUAUUAUCUUCACUUCCUAUUGGGUAAGAAUAUAAAAUCAUUUAUUAAACAUCUGCAAGUCUUGAGAUUUUUGAACCCCGUGAAGGUAGAUGAGGUUAGUAUUACCAUAAUAUUUUGUCAAUUUCUAAUUACUCUUUAAUUAAUUCUAAUGUGCCUGUCAUUAAAAAAAAACACCCAUUAGGUGCAGAGCCUGAUUGCCCUACUGUAUUGACGUGUUUUUCUGGAACUUCUCCAUAAUCAACUCAAAUAUAAUAAUUUAAUGCUUCUAAAUAGCAUAUUGUCAGACCCAGUCAGUUCUGAGACACAUCAUCUGCUGAUAAGUCUUUGUUACUCAUCUAUUUCAUGGUGUCUCAGCAUCUAAGGGCCUAGUUGCCUGUUCUGGUGGAGGAGGUGGCCGAUCUUUAGGUCGAAGUGGAGCUGCAAGCUGCAGCAUAAAGUCACUGGAACCCAUCCCCCUCCCUCUGGACAGGUAAGGAUUAUCCUGGCCCCACUGACUUGUUAUUAGCCACUUAGGGGAAAUUGGGCUCGCCUCAUGCUGCUACCGUCUCCUCACUACAAAAUGAUGGAUGCUAGCUUGCGGUGUAGAUGAAGGGAUGCUCCCAACUGUACAACCCAAUUCUGAGAGACCCUUGCCAAACAGGUGCCCAAUUUCGGAUAGGUUCCCAAGGCCUUGUACAGCUGACCAGGCAGCAAUGAAGUUUCUUCCACCUGUCCAGGCCCAUAGGACGUGAACACCCGGAUCCAAAGCAGUUUGGGGAAUCACCCUUCUACUACAUGCACCGCACCCACUUAAAGCCUGUCCUUCUACUGCUGAACGAACUUGCACUUGUCUUGGACCUGCUGGACUGAGGGCUGUACAACAUCAGACCCACAGCUUGGAGGUGCCUGUGAGAGGUAGACCCUGGUACCAACAUGCUUACUGUGUUGCUGGUGCUGAUUGGGACCUGGUCCCUCCUGUGUAGACUGGGAGUUGGCUGACUUUGCAUGAUAGUGGUGAGGUUAAAUGCAAGCAUGUAUUAAUUCAGUAGGCAAUAUAAGGUUUAGCCAGCCAUUACGUGAUAGGAAAUCUUACUUUUGUUUGGUAAAAUCUCUGCAGCCUAUAAAUUUAAUAUUGCAUAUAUUAGAAAUUGUUUAUCACUUUAUUCCUGUUGCUGCAGGUAGAAACUGUAUCUUUAUUUCUCUUAGAAUCUACUCAACAUACUCUUUAUAAUUCAUAAAAUGAGAUGUCUUGAUAUGCUUACUUAUAAUAUGUAUAUGAUUCUCGCUAAUAUACUCAAGCAUGCUGAUAGUUCUUUCAACUUUAAUAAGCUGUCAUCUCAAUAAAAAAUUUUUACAAAAAAAGCCACCCAUUAGCCAUUUUCAUAUCCUCAUCUCUUAUCUUGCAACUACCAACUUGUAUGUAUUUUUAUCACUACCAAGAACUUAAAAGGAAAAGAAGUCUAUAAUGUGGGUGCUAUGGAAUCAGAAAAUAAUGUGUACAGUUCACUCGGAACAAAAAGUUCAUAGCUAGUACAUAUAGUAAGGUCAACAGAGUAUUGUAAAUUAUAUUCCACAAUAAUAGUUUAUUCUGUUAUUAAAGGGACACCCUAAUCACCAUAACCACUGUAACUUAUUCUAGUAUUUAUAAUCUUAUAAACCACAAAUGUCAAGGUUCUCCCCAUCACCCUUAGUCUUUAGCCUUUAUUAGUAGACAAUCAGUUCUGAGUUGUUGUCAUUGCUAUCUAUUUUGGACAUAAUUUUCAUUAGGAACCUCUCUAACACAAAUUGGCAAAAUAUCGUGGGAUGGCUUCCUUAGACAUAACACCUUAACCACUACAGUGAACUCUAGUGAUUGGACUGUAUAAAGUACCAUUUUUUUUUUAUUCUUUAUUUUUGACGUGCAUGAGAGUAGCAGGCAUUCUCUCUAUGCCACAACAGCAAAAGCAAGACAAGUGUUGACAUUGCGUUUAACAGCGUAGGCAUUCAGGGUUAACUGCAAACAUUUUUUGUAAGGAAAUCAAGAGUGGUGCAUGUUUAAGACAUAGAUACAGUAUAAAAAAAAAAGCGUUUAUAAGAUAAAAUAACAUCAAGCUUGGUCAUGUAGUUCGUAUUAAAUAGCUUGACAGGAUUAAGCUGCACAUUUUAUAUGUAAACAGGAUGAUGCUAUCAAAUAUGAGAAACAAAAAAGAUCAUUAUCAUUGCUUGUACGUCAUAGGUUUUGCUCACUCGGGUGCUUAGUAAAGGAACACCGAUUGCUAUACAGUAGUAUGCUGGAUAAAUUAAGACAAGAUAGAGUAACUAUAGUUGGUAGUUCUAGCAUACACAUGAGGGUAGAAACUCUUAGGUGUAGGUAGGUAUAGCAUAGAUCUGGAGAUAUAUGCAAGUUGUGUAAAACCGUACACAAGGGUUGCUAUACAUAGGUUUCAGCAAGAUCUAACUAGUGUAGCUUAAAGACCACUGGAGCUGAGCAGACCACUGUGAUAUUGUAUGUCUCUGUGUGGGAUCAGGUGUAGAGCUAUGGUUGAGGAGGGCUCAUUGGCUGAGUUGUAUGUCGUAGCACUUCAGGUCUCAGGCAAAGUACCAUAUUUGAGUUUUUGUAACAAUACAAACAUUAAACCGGUUUCAUAUUUAUGAAUGCUCUUUUGUAACUUGCUUGUUUCUAGUUAUGUAAUUGCGUAAAAGUAAAAAUCCUAGCAAUAGGGAAUAUUCCGGAAUUCGGUGUUGUUUUUGUCAGAACUGUAGUCACUAUAUUUAAAAAAAACCAAAAACCUCGUCAUUUGUUGAACUUGGAUAAUCCCAACUUCUUCGUAAGCCAAAUUUGUACUGAUCAGAAAUGUUUUUACUUUUCCUUCAGGCUCUUUGUGCUGCCAUACAUACAGGUUUUGGAUGUUUCCUAUAAUAGCAUUUCAUCGAUUCCUAAUGAUAUUUGCAACCUCAGGUAAUUAGAAAUAUAUAUUUUUUUAUAUGUGUGUGUUUUUUUUUACUGUUUUGUAUCUCUUUCAUAGUUGUUAAUGAUGUAAAUUGGAGUUAUGCUUCACUACCCUCAAAUGUAGGCUGUGUGGCCUUGUUUUUGUAUAAUGCUCACAUUAUAGUUUUAAAAAGUUUCACAGAAUUUUUUUUUUUCUAAGCAACUUUAUUACUGUCUCUAUAAAAACAAUAUGCACACAGUGGCAGAAUAAUGAAUGCACCAAACAUUCAAUUCAUUUGGUGUUGUGGUUCAAAAAAGAAUUACUGUGUGAAAUGCUCUGACCUUAAAGUCAAAUCAAAUUAACACACUACAGUAAUGAUGCCUAUUAUCAAUUAGGGGUCUCUCCUUGUAAAGGUGAUGCGCCUUAGAUUCUGCCACAGAGAAUCAUUGAAUAAAAUGAUUAGCUAUGGCUGACCGUGACGGAACUGCACAUGCACACAUAACACGCAGUAUGUUAUACUCAGAAGGAUUGGAAGAGUGGCUUGAAGCUGCAUUUCCAAGCCCGCUAAUUAUGGAACUAAAGGGUUUUGGGGAGAUGGAGCGAGGCAGUACAGCAGGCACUAUAACAAUGUCAUUAAACAGCGCUUGAAUCAAUGCAAACUAUUUAAAACAGAUUUUUUGUUUCAAUCGUGAUUUCCCUGCUGGUAUUCAACAACACUUCACAUAAUAAUGUCUAGCAGAGAGUGAUCGUAUUCCCUAAUGUGUCCUACUUGAGACAUGUGCAUGAUGCAAAACCGUAUUUUAAUUUGCAUAAAUCUGUGGGACUUAUAUCAUGUUUGGCCCUAAUAUUAUUACUAUUAUUAUUGCCAUUUAUAUAGCGCCAACAGAUUCCGUAGCGCUUUACAAUAUUAUGAGACGGGAUGUAACUAUAAAUAGGACAAUUACAAGAAAACUUACAGGAACAAUAGGUUGAAGAGGACCCUGCUAAAACGAGCUUACAGUCUAUAGGACUAUAUUACUAACUUAGGCCUCAAUUUAUUAUGGCUAGAUAAGUUUUCCGAAUAAUUUUUCAUUUUUGGGUAAAUGUUAAAUACGUCUUUCAAUGUAUUUUUCAAUAUAUCAUAUAUAAAAACAAAACUAUCAAAAUAUUAGUAAAAUUUUUUUUUUAUAAUAUUACAUAAUUUUUUAAGUUUAUCCAAAAAUAGUAAAUCAUUUGGAAAGCUUAUCCAACAAUAUAAAAUUAAAGCCUUAUUUAGUACCUGGCUAUAAAUAUAUUUUUCUACUUCUAUGCUGUGCUUUAAUUUUCAGUAACAAUAUAAACAUUAGCCAGCUAUUUGGCCAGUACUACUUUUAGUAGAUUGAAUUUUGUGUUUUUUGUUUUUCUUACUUGGAUGGCUCCUAUUUGUGUGUAGAUUACUGCUCCAUCCCUCAUUGUAGCAUUGAAAGGUUUAAAAAGUAAUCAAACUCACCUUUAUUUCAAUACCCGGGUAGUCUUAUUGCUCCACCUCCUGUGAAGUCAUCAUUACUAAUGACUUGUGUCCAAUUAGAUGCUUCUGACAGAGAAGCAUUGGGAUACACAGUGUGUGCACAGCUAUCACUGCAAUCAGCCAACAAUGCUUCUCACAGAGAAGCACGAAAGCAAUGCUGCUGUGAAAGAAGUAUUUACUUCCACUUUGAGUGACAAUUCAGCAUGAGCUAAACAGAAAACCCAACAGUGUUACAAAGAUGAAUAAUAAAACUGAAGUUAUCUUCAUAUUUAUUUUUUUAAUUAACCCUACAGAGAUAAACAUUUAGCUCCAAAAACAAAUUGAAGAUCAUUAGGUGUUUGUUUUAAAUGUUUUUUUAUUUUCAUUGUGAAGUAAAAGCAAACAUUUGACAAAUUACUAUAAAAAGCCCCUGGUCGCCUACGCAGAGGCAUAUAAGUCAAAGUAUGUAGAUAUAGUGGAGGCAAUUAUGUAAAACUAUCGUGCGUAAUUUGCAGAAGUAGAGACAUAAUGCAGUGAAAAGCGGAGCAUGGUACAGUAUGGCUGUAUAUAUGUAUAUUUCUGAUGUUAAGACCAUCUAAGUAAGUAAACAUAGAGAGCAUGGUGAGUUCAAAACAUGCAGUGUGAGCUUGGCAAUGAGUGGUCUAAACUUAAGUAAGGAGUCGCCAAAUCAGCAGUUGAAGACUAUUCAAUAAUAUAAUCGGGUACCAAUGCUUAAAAAGAACACUAACGUUAACUGUAUUAAUAACAUGUAUCCAAAGUCCUACAUGAGGCGCCAUACGCAAGUGGGUGACUUAGAAUAUGUGGUUUAGACUGUGAGUCAUAUUUUUUUAAUUAAACCGUAUUAAGAGUCCUGAAAGUAGGGAUAAUGUAGGCAGUGAAAUAUAACAAAUAUGCACUUAUUUAACUCAGGCAGUGGCAGUGACAGGCCUCUGUAGAAGGUGGGUAACAUAUAGUAUGCAAUUAAGUACAGAAACCGUACAUUUUGGUUAAGAAAUAAUAGGUGACAUUAGGCUAAGGCUUAUGGAAGCAAUGUAAUGAGAUGAACAUGUUCAUAUUUAAACUAAAUUGUAAGUGAGAGAUUAAACAUUAUUCUAAGCAGAUUACAAGUGUGAGUAUCCUUGAGAGGACGGUUGAGUGGUAUGGAGUACUUAGCAUAGUGAUGCGUUGAAAGCAGCAUCUCGAGAAUAAAGAUAAAAAUAUAUAUAACCAAUUGUAAAAUUAAGAAAAUUAAUUACUUCACUGGGGAAGGAGUUAUAUUUCCCGGUGCGAGGGGACAGUUCAUUGUUGGUGCAGCAGUCUCCCAGAUGAUGUAAUGUCAGGCCCCCUCCAUUAUAUCAUCUUUGCGUGGUAACACAGGGCAUGUAUGCAUAUGAGAAAAGGGUCAUUCACAAAUGGGCCCCACGGGCACCCCCAGUGCGACAAACCCCCUUCUGCCUCCCUCAGGGCAGGUUCCUGUCCGUCAGUGGCAAGUUCUAUAGUGCCGUGAGCACUCGGGGGCUCAGGCAGUCCAGCAAACCCCCCCGUAGAGUCCGCAGGUCACUCGCCCCCUGCACCCCACCCCAGCUCUUCCAGAACCUCUUUGCAGAACCAGCCCAGUUCUGCCUCAUCUGGUUCUGGUCACAUGCAUGGCACCAGCGCGCGCCCCCGCCACCAGUCCGCCCGGGGGACCACGCAUCCCGGCCCCACAAGGCUCGCAGAGUCAGGGACAAUUUCUUCUGGACUACCACCAAAUCCAAAGGUUAGGGCCGGCUCCAUACCGACCUGCCAGUCGCUCAGUGGACUGCUUCCGCGGAUCAAUCACCCCUAGGCAUCCCGUUGCUGUCUCCUGCAGUAGGUAGGUAUGGCUUUCUGUGUUGCUUUAAGAGCAUUCCGUGAGGGGAGUAGUAGUGCACCAGGCAGGGCCUCCAUCUCCAGUGUCUGAAGUCCGAACCCGCGGGCCGGGAUCACCCCCGCCAGCCAGCGGGGGGAGGGUUGAAACGACUGCCUCAAGGCCGCCCUGCAUGCUGAGGUGUCCUUUAGUUCCGGGCACAAGGCUCCAGUCCAUGGUGUCCAAGGCCUCAAGGGCCUGCCACAUUCUGGGCUUGCUACGGGCGGGUUGAGAGCCGAAUUGGUAUGUUUCUGGGGUUUCCCCAUGUAGUCAUGUUUCACGGGCUCUGGUGGGCGCAAAGAGCAGUAAAUAGUUGUUUUUAGGGGCCCAAAACCAGAGCUGGCGAAGAUGGCUGCUGCUCAGCUCAGCGGCCUGGCUCCGCCCGCCGCUCUAUAGGUGUUUGGACUGUUCCUUUAACAGUUUUUUUUAACAGCAAUUUUUAAGAUUUUUUUCUAAAUUACAACUCACUUACCAUGAAACUUAUCUUGACAUAUUGAAAUCUCAUUUAAACCACUGUCUGUUAACUGUGCCUGUUAUGAAUUUACACAUAUUCAAAAAGAUAGAACUGAUUGGACAAAAGAAACCAUCAGAUUCUGGCAAAUAUCAAAUUAAAACAAAAAUCUGGAUAUAUAUUGUUACGAUUAUUAAUAUGCUGAAUUAUUUUGAAUAAUAAAAUGUUUAGGCUUUUUGUUGUGCUCUCUUAGAUGAAAGAUACAUUUUAUAGUUCAGGAAAACAAACUUUACUUUCUCACAUUCCUGUUUUUUUUUUUUUUUUUAAUUCUGCCCCUUUAUUAGGGUACUGGAGUUUCUUAACAUAGAAGGGAAUAAACUACCAGCUUUGCCCUGUGGUGCCCUGAAACUUCAGCUGAAAUACCUGCGUGUUGGCAAUAAUGCUAUGCACCCCCUCUUCUGGAGAGAAAACACUCACAUUGAACCCCAGAGGUUAGCGGACUUGGCAGCCCUCACUUUCAGUAAAAACGGCACGGAGAAAUAUUCUGCAGUUAUACCAGAAGAAGUCAAGCAAACACUACAGAAGUAAGUGAUAUAGUGAGUCAUUAAAAGGUUAAACAGAACUUCAGUUAUAGGAAAGUUAAUACAGUUUUCCUCCCAUUAGAUGUGCAGUUUAAUAUCAAGUCAAUAUGAUUUUAGCAAGGAUAUUAAAAAGUAACUCAGGCAUCAUGACUACUUUAGUGAUAUGAAGUGGUCAUGGUGCUUGGAGUCUCUGUGCUGCGUUUUGCUAUGAAAUGCUGCACAUACAAAGUUUAAACCACAGGUUUGUCAUUGGGACAUCAUUACCCAACCUGGAACAACAGAUCCAAGGUGGUUAUAUCAGCUCUGUGUUAGGUCAUUCAUGGAGUGGUCAUCUGAUGCUCUCCAAUAAAUGGUGACUGGAUAGGCUUCCAUCUUCUGCAGAAACAUGUCACAAGCGUUAUAAGGAACCUGAGAACUCAGCAGGGACCCUGGUAACUGGGCAAACCUUUGCUAAACUGUUUGCCACCUUAUCGCAGUGUGGGUUCAGAGUAAUCCUUUCAUCAUAACCAAUACAGCAGGCUUUAGUUGUUAUGAUGCAUGGAACGACCCUUUAAAGUUAAGCAUUUUCAUUAAACACGAGCAGGAAGUUGCACAAUUCAAUGAUGCAUUGGAUGGAGCAUGUUUUGUAGGAAGUAAAGUCAAUGAUUAAGGCUACGAUUUUUAGAUCGAGCAAAAGAGCCAGUUCCUUAUUUGCUUACAAAUGCUCUAUAUCUGAAAAUGUAUAUUUAUAUUUUACACAAGGGUUUAGGUUUUCUGUCAUAUUAAGUAGGUAGGCACAUAUCUCAAAAAGGAUAUUUUAGAAUUCUGCUUGCAUGAUCAUUGUGAUACAAUUGUUUUUAUAUUUUUCCAAGCUUUAAGGUAUGUGACUGCUGCAGAGGGCCUCUCUAUGGUCAAGGUCUUUGCUUUAUCAGACCUUGUGAAAAGAUCUUCGGAAUACGCAAGCUUCCUUUUAUGUUUCGCUCCUGCUCAGUAUCCUGUUAUGAAACCUUCAUGCACCAAACAGAGUCGCUUGAUGAACAUUUGUAUGAAAGUUGAUAUUAUCUUGUUAAGUCUUAUUUAGCAUUCCAUUUUAUCGAAAGACAACGGGUGACCUUUUUCUUGCUCGUUAAAGGGAUAUGCACAAUUUUCUUUUUUAAACCAGUAACUUUUAAACAAACCAAAAUAAAAACAAGAAAAACAUUG